UAUCAGCAUAGUUUGACCCCCAUUAACCCCUUUUGUGCUCUUAUGUAGAUGCUGACAUACAGUGCAAAAGCGCAAACAGCCUGAACAGUCUCUUUACCUGCUCUCUAUUUAUGCUGAAUUAGACAAUGGCCAAAGAAGUUUUAUUUAAAGACCCCUUGAUGCCAGUGGAGAAUGAUCCGAACCAAUACCGCCAGCGAGAUCUAUCCCAGACCCUGUUCUUCAGGGUGGCCUGCAGGACAUUUGGUCCUCCAAAAUCAAGAACGCGAAGAAUCAUCGCUCCUCCCAUGGACAAAUUUGAGUCUGGGAAACCAAAACCAGAAGAGAUGUUUCUAGAAUCCCCUGAGAGCAGUGUCAAACCAGACACUGAUAAGAGGACACCGAUCCAUGGUAGAGAAUCCAGUAUGAGCUGUGCUGAUUGGAUAUCGGAACGGAAGAAGUUUCGGACUCAGUUGGAUAAUAUGGGGGAUGUUGCUAAUUGGCUACAAGGAAAAUCCCUCCUCACUGAGAUAGAGGUCAGAAUGCAGGAGACAAUGUCAGAGGAAAGGUCAAAAAGCCAAAAAUCCCAGACAACAAUUCAGGAUGGGGAUUCCGAGCAGCAUGUUGUGAGAAGUCCGCAGAUCCAAUUUACCAAACCCACAAUCCAUCAGCCCAGCCCUGAGGCCCUGGGGCUGCUAGAUUCCUAUUUACAUCAGCGCCGGCUGCGUCUUGUGGAUCUGUACAAUCAGACAGACAAGAACAAGAGAGAGAAAAUCUCCAGCAAGGACCUUAAAGCUGUCAGGAAAGAGGCCAAGUUACCCAUCAGUGAUUUGGAGGCUGAAAAUCUAGUUAUUUCACUGAGCAGUAAAAUGCCAAACAGUAUCAACUACAAAGAGUUGUCAAGAGGGCGAAACUCGUGGAGGAAGGAGAAUGCCGAAGAACAUAACCGAAACAUUUCUUCCAAGUCAGUGGGUUACAUUAAGUCUCAAGAAGGCCGGAGACACUUGGACAGGAAGAAAAAAAACACAUCAGCAUUAAGUGGCUCACAGGCUAUUCCCGAAAGUACAAGUACAGAAACUCCACUGGACCACAGUGAUCAAACUGUCUGCAGCAAAUCCCAGUUACUGGAAGUUCCACCAAUUAACCUAGGAGAGAUGAGACCGCUCAGUUAUGAGGACAUGGAAGAAAUCGGAAAGAUGUACAAAGAGAGAAGACGCAGGGCAAAAAGUAAUACUCGGCUCCUGGACUGGUUGGAACAAUGCCGCUUAGUGCGCAGUGGGAACGCUGCCGUUGACUCUCACUCUCUGCCAUCUACAGUGGGCGAGGAGAUGGGGGAUUUAGUGGAGCAACACCGAAGGAAGUGUUUGCAGAACUACCACAAGAUCCUGAAGCUGUGCCAGGAAUACAGAAUUCCCCUCUCUGAGAGAAUCCUGGAGAGAGCCUUGUUGUUCCCUGGAGACAAACUGAUUUCUGCCUCAGGACAGCAUUUGUCAUUCCGACAACCCGGAACCGCUACUUUCAGCCUGAAGGAUCUCACAAAACCUAAGAGUGCAGGAAAGGAGGACUCUCAGUGCAGCCUUGAAAUUGACACUAAGCUUCAGAAGAGCAUUCCCAGCCGGACACCAUACCCCCCGAAAUCUUAUGUAAGGAAGGUGAAAACCAAAGUGAGGAGUAACUUGAAGAACAAGACUGACACGUUGAACUGCUGGAUCACGUUUGAGAAGUUCCAGCAGAUGACCUGUAACUUGCGAAGGAGGUACCCUCACUGCUUCUUGACUUCUGAAGAUAAUGCCUUUUGGCCAGGCCAACUUCUAGACAAACUUCGUGUCUACCUUCCCCAAGCUGAGCCAAGCUAACCCAGACAUCCCUAUCACCAGAACAGUUCAUUCCACAAUCUCAUCAUGAUA